AAAGUUGCGGUGCCAUCUCUGUCAUACGGUUCGGAAGCAAGCUCAGCAGAGCUAUCGUCGAGUGAGGACAGCGUUUGUGGGCCUUACCUGGAACCUAGCGAACAAAGUGAUCCGCUAUACCGUCCAGACGACGGAUAUGAGGUCAGGACACAAAUACAGGCAGAUGUAGAACAGAGCAAACUGGAAGCGUCAAAUAUGUUCAAAACUCGGAAACUUUCUGACUCUUCUAUAUUUAGCUAUGUCUCAGGUGACAAAUGUAUAGAAGCGUUCAGCAAAGAAUGUCCAGAGUACAACAGAAAUGGGGAAUUGACACAUCCGGAACUGUGUGUCAUAGUGGUCGAUAUUCUUACACAAUUGAUAGACAAAUUAUUAGAAGAAGAGGAUGGUAAAGUCAAAGCUGGAAAAGACGUGAGCGGCGUUCUUGCGUCGGGCGGUGAGGAGAUCGAACGCGUAUGUGCGAGCGUAGCGAGAGCGUGCGUAGCUCGACUUGGUAGCGGCCUCGCACCGCCUCGUUUGUUACAUCGCCUGUUAGCACACGAUGCUCCCGCCACUCGCCUCCUGUCGAGGAACUCAAAUACACAUGCAGGCAUCUUUUCAGAGCUUCAACGAAGUAUAAUCGAACUGAUAGUGAAGUUAGGGUCCCAAAGUAUGGAGUCGUGUGAACUGGCCAGCAUCUUUCGGCUCGCUAGCUCCUGGAGUGCACCACUUAGUCCGCUUUGCAGGGCUUUAGGCCGUCUUGCUGCGAGGGAACCUCAACCGGACUGCGAGUUGCUAAUUACUGUCACAGCUCAACGAACUGAUGAAGAGUCCACAUAUGAGGAAGUAGUAGGCGCUGUUAAUCAGCAGGCAGAGACGAGUGCACGUCGAAUAAGAUAUAAACAUUUACGAGCUGGAAUAACUUCCCCGUGGAGCAACGGUGCUGUUCGGUGCAGUCUGGAGACAGCCGGAUGGGCGCCAUGGCUCCAGGGCUUCGGUCUACUGGUUUGGCUGUGUCUCACUCCACCACAACAAGAGGAUUGGCAAGAAGAGCCGCCAGGUGGAGGCACGCCUCGAAAGAAACGCGAGUCAAACGAUCUGCUGCACAUAUUCUCAGUCGGUCACGAUUCACUUGUAUUUGAGCUAUGGGCCAAUCCUAACAACGGGGAACUGACUGUGCGGCUCACACGGCCGGAAGACGAAGCCAACUGUGUGUUAAGCUCGGCCACGACUCGCACGGCGAUAAGACCGUCGCGUUGGACCUGCCUUGCGCUAAACGUAACUGAGCGGUUGCACAGACGGCUUAUAUACAUACAGGUAACUCUGUAUGUAAAUGGUCGCGAAAAUGAAGUUUUGUCAUUGCCUCUCCAAGGUAUCCUAGUCCGCAAGGCGACACCCAGUAAUAUAAUCCUGGGUGACGUAAAGCCGGCUGGUACGGGAACGGUUCGCGUAUCGUCAAUGCGUGUGUAUCGAGCGCCCGUACUGGCAGCUCCCGCUGCGUUGCAUCUCGCGGCCCAUGGGCCCGACAUGCCUUGUGAGAUCCGUUGCGAAUCAGCUAAUUAUCCUUUAGUGAUCACGCCGGAACUAUUAGACAUGAACCUCGAUUGGGACCAAGUCUAUGAAAUUCCAAGUACAACUCUGCGGGAGUUAAAUGAUAAUCUUUUGUUACUCUUCUCUGCCAACUCUCCCGAUGUUAUGAAUCUCUAUCAACCACCGGCGCCAACUCCUACUGCAGUGUUCGGCGGUCGCAGUGUGGGAGGUCGAUCACUGUGUAGCAACGGAGUGCCUGAGUCAUUGCGGUGUACGUGGGCCGUGCGUGCACGUCCGCACCCUAAUCACAACUUACACAAUGCUUUGUUAUCGCUCGGUGGACCAGAACUCGUACUGUUUCUAUAUGCCAGGGUCGUAGAAGCAGGAGGGACCGCUGAACAGCAGGCAGCAGCGUUAGGCGUCGCGCUAAGUGCUUGUCGAGGUGACGCACGGUUAUACGCAGCAUUGCACGCUCGUGAUACGUUAGACAUGUUGCUGCCCAUUUUUUCCUGCGCAGACUGCCGUCUUGGCCCACACACACUAGCGAUUAUGUUCAAGGAAGCUUGUGACAGAUCGGUAAUAGAAAUUAGUGGAGGUGCGGUUCGCGUCGAUGUGGGCACACGGGCUGUACUGCUGGAGCCACGACUUCUUCUCUUGCUGCUGCGUGCUUCCAGAUAUCUGGAUUCACAGCCUGAAGUGCAAUGGGAGGAAAUGGAUCUUAGCUCAAAAGGCGAGGACAAUGAAGACAGGGAUAGGAAGUUUAAAGGAGAGUUGUGUGGUGGUUCCGUAUGGAGUUUAGCUCUGGCGGCGACACGUGCAUUACUGCGGCCGACGCAUCCGCGCCGCACUUUUAACGCGUACCAGGCAGCACGGGUACCGCUGCUGCGGCAUCUGCUGCUAGCUUGCAAGGAGCGGUUCCUGAACUCUGACUCUGGUCCGUUGUCUGAACGCGGCAGUCUUACGCUAGUACAGGUGGUCCGCACUUUACUAGACGCGCCGCCAUUACUCGCCAACAUCGCGUUACUCGCAGACUUCUUACUGCUCAUGCACCAGGCUAGUGAGACUUUUAUCACCCACUCCCGCGCAAAUUUCUACUUCCUGGUGACUUCAGAGACGCCAGAUAGCACGGAGUUCAACCUCUUGCAGCUGUUAAGCAAACGGCGUGGAAAGCAGCAGCUACGCAAGUGGCGAAGUCGGGAUACCAUUGACAAGUCUAGCUCCUCCAGUAUCUCCAACGACGACAAGGGCUCCCGGGAAGAAUUACCACGGGACACGGACAGCGAUAAGACUGACAACGCCAGCCUGGACGCUAAGCAGGUCAAAUCUAUCAUCAAUACAAGGAUAAAAGAAGAUCGAAAGAGUGUAUCGUCAACUUCAGAAUACUCGGACGCCACAACAGCCGAAAUUGGCGCUGAAAGUGAAGUUGACAGUACGGAAAAACCGAACGGCAAUGAUGGAAAUGAAGGAACUGACCCGCUCAAGGAAUACGUCGUAAUUGACUCAGAAGACGUCGGACAGCCCAAUGUGGACAUAUACGCGGACGGACUCUACCAACAGCGCAAUGUACGCGCAGGCGCCGAGCCAGGCUGGAGUGCAUGUUCAGGGCUACUGCUUCUUCUGAGAGACACCGUUUUACAUUUGCCUCAGAAUAUGUUACCGCAGGCACUAGGUGGUGCAAUACAACCAGAACAGAUAGCGGUAUUAGCGAAUCAUCGCUGUGCGAGCGUACGAGCGGGUGUCGUACGCGUAGUACGUGCUUUACACGCUCGUGACCCGCGUACACUUGCCGCGGCGCUGCACAACCAUUUCUACUUGCACCUUGCUAAUCAGAUAUCAAUGUAUGACGGGUCCUGGGAGCUGGCCGAAGCUUGCGUCUCUCUGCUUACGGGACACGACAAACCACUAGAGGACCAACUAGAUGAGGAAGUAUGGAAUGAUCCGGAUUCGUGUCGUAUGUGUCCGCGAGCGCCACCGUUGCUUGCAGUGCUGCCUACUUGCCUCAAUGAUGUUCCUCUCGCUCACAAUAUACUUGCCGUACUGCGCAGACUUGUCGAUAAGUCAUCAGUAAAGUCCCUACAUGAAGUGGCCCUCUGCGAAGUAGUAGUGCGAUGUAUUGCAGGAGUUGGAGACUCGGGGGGCGAAGGCCGGGACCUAUUGCUAGAGGAAUUGGGAGAUCUGUUAUCCCGUUUUGCUGUAAAGGUGCUUGCUGGAAACCACAGCACACAGCUGAUCGUAGAUAUACAUCACCUAUUGUGCUACAUAGAGCGCGGUGGUGUGAGUGGUGACGCAGAUGGCAACGGGGAAGGAUGCGCUCGCGCAGCUCGAGCCGCACAAGUGCAGCUCUACAUAGGACAGCUUGACCAUCUUGAAACACGACUACACCAGUUCCACGUGAGCGCGGCUGACAAGAUAGCUGGAUACUUUUCUAAUGUACUUUCGUCAGCUGUUGAGGGCCGAGGCAGCGAGCGCGGAGAGGUGAUGUCUCGUCACGGAGCCGUUGUAUCACGUGCUGUUGCUUUCUUACUCUCGCGUUCGCCGCGUCACGAGCUCGUUGAUGAGGAGAGGUUACUGUUUCGCCUGCUUGACACUCUGCUUGCUGGCGUAAGUGGCAGUGGGUCUGGCCGCGGGCGUUGGCGUUGGGGCGGCGGUGCCGAAUGGGCUGCUUUACUUGGCGAAGUGUUCUGGUGGGCGGCCAGCCCUGCAUCGGCCGUACGUUCCCUACAGCCGCGGCUUCUACGCACCCUAUACUGUGCGCCGCCUAAUGCCAGAGACUUGCUUGCACCCAAGGACCCCUCUCAUAUGAGGAAGCUUUCGGUAUACCUGUUGACGAUGAUCCGUCACAUCCACCUGGCAGCGGAGAGCGGCGAGGGUGGUGGGGAAACAGUAGAGUUAGCUAUCACGGACUGGGCACGUGAUUGGGCGGUGGGCUCGCAGGCUGAUUUGCCAGAACGACCUUUACCCGCGGAGGCCGAGCGUCUUUUACGUGCUGAUGAACUACGCUGGGCCAAGACUUAUUAUGCCCACACGCAGGCGCAGCAGAUUGCGAAGGCAGUGUUUAGCCGGUCGGCAUUGGCGGCGCGUGUUUGCGAAACGGCGAUGGCGGCGACUCGGCGUGUUGUGGACGCGCAGAAUGCUGAGCGUAAAGCUUUCCUUGACCACCUUAGGGACGCGCACGCUCGCCUCGCACGAGCACACACACGUUGGGCCCGCACGCUCGAUGCUCAUGCCCAUGAAAGAGGCGUGUGGCACCGCUCCCGCGGAUAUCCCAUGUCGUGGCAGCUGGACAGCACUGAAGGACCAGCACGUGUUCGUCUACGCUUACGACGUGCACACCUUCGCUUACCGCCAGACAAACUACAGCCUCUACAUAGGCAUAAGACUGAAAACGCACAGCAUCCGCCACCACUACGCAGCGUAUUAUCAGGCGGCGGGGGUGGGGCCAGAGGGGCGAGGCUUCAACGCGGAGAAGCAGUCCAACAUAUGUCUCGGGUGCUACACGUGAGCGUGGCUGCUGAGACUGCCGGUGAAUUACUCCUUACGGACAGGGCUAUACACUUUGUGCCAGAUGCAACGUCCGAAAAUGCAGAGGGCAUAGCGUGGCCAGCGUCUAGUGUCUAUGCCGCUGCCACGCGUCGGUGGUGCCUUCAGGAGCGAGCAGUGGAGGUGUUCGUUCGUCCGUCGCGAGCGCAUCUGCUAGCGUUUGAAACCCCAGCGGAUCGAACUGCUUUCCUUUCGCAUCUUGCUCGCACGCAUCCACAUAUCAAGACGGAACCAGAGAGUUUAACAGAAGCAAUGAAUCAGUGGCGAAAUGGCCUCAUCACAAACUGGGAGUACCUGAUGAUUCUAAACAGUCUUGCGGGUCGUUCAUACAAUGACCUGAUGCAGUACCCCGUGAUGCCUUUUGUCCUGGCCGACUAUACCUCUAAAAUCCUUGACCUGACAGACCCUGCGUCCUUCAGAGACUUGAGCAAGCCCAUGGCUGUCCAGAAUAAGAAUAGGGAGCAGCAUUACAUCAAUACGUAUAAUGAUCUGAAAGCUGCUCGACGCACAGGCUGCAGUCCGCUACUGUCCCGUCAGCCACAUCACUACGCAUCGCUGUACUCCAACUCAGGCGGUGUACUACACUAUCUCGUGCGAGUGCCACCUUUCACCGAGCAAUUCCUUUCCUAUCAGGACAAUAACUUCGAUAUGCCAGACCGGACAUUCCACUCACUUGCAACUACCUGGCGCCUUAUCACUCACGACUCUCCCACUGAUGUCAAAGAACUCAUCCCUGAGCUCUACUAUCUGCCCGAAUUGUUCUACAACAAUGAAGGUUUGGAAUUGGGAGUGCGCCAAUGCGGCCUACGCGUGGAUAGCGUAGAACUUCCACGAUGGGCGGCUGAAGCUCGUCUCUUCACGUUGGCACACCGCCAAGCCCUCGAAGCACCACAUGUAACCGAAGGUCUUCCACAUUGGAUCGAUCUUGUCUUCGGCUACAAACAAACCGGCCAAAACGCUGUCGAUGCCAUCAAUGUCUUUCCAGCAUGUACGUACUACGGAUUUGACCCAACUGCGUUGGAAGACGAAGUGGAUCGCACAGCAGCUGAAGCGAUGGUGCGUACGUACGGACAGGCGCCCCGACAAUUGCUUCGAGCGCCACAUCCGCAUAGGGCGCCGGAUCUUGCAAAUCACGCGCAGCAGGCCUCAUCAUCAGUAUACGCAGGGGUCCGUGGUGUACGUUGGGGAAGGUACUGUGGGUCACCAGGCGCGCCUUCCGCUAGACAAGUUCUACGAAGAACGUACGCGUCUGCGCACGCCUUAUUGCCGCUACCACACGCGCGGGCUGUAGUUGUCUCGCUCGAACGGACUGCACUUAUGCCUGUGCACGAAGAACCAUUAGCGACGGGAUCAGGAGCAGCUAACAAUAAAAACAGCUCGUCGAAUAGUCCCAAUUUAGGACUGAAUGUGGGAUUGGUAUCUUGGGGCCACGGUGACGGUGCAGUACGACUGCGCCGGCGCAGAGACCUGCCUCCGGAUAUCUUGUUCCAUACACCACCUACUGAACAGAUAACGACAGUAUGCACAUGGCAGGAAGGCAGAUGGGGCUGUGCAUUGGGCCUUAGCGGUGGGGCCGUAGUGGUGACACGCGCAGAGUGCUGUGGUGGUGUGCUUCGUGCUCGUACGAGGCAAUUGCACGCUCAUGCCGCACCCAUUACACACAUUGACGCGCAGCCAGCGGUCACACUGCUCGUCACAUCUAGUGAAGACGGACUUAUUGUGCUUUGGGACUUGCACGAGUUAACAUACAUCCGUACUCUUCCAAAUCGUGACAUGUUGCAAGUUAGCCUAGUAGCGAUCAGCCCUACAUUAAGUGACGUGGCGAGCGUACACGCGCCCUCUACCAGUGACGUACGCGUUCGAAGAGAUGAGUACGCCGAUAAUGAAGGAAUGGAAUACGAACACGACGAUACAUACAAGUAUAAGUCGCUGAUUAGAGUACACACAGUUAACGGACGAUUUGUGGGUAGCGUCAAAGUGGCGGAGAUAGUUAAGUGCGUGCGUUACUCGGCCUGCGCGGAGGGGACCAGCGUGAACUGCAUAGCAGUGGGGCUUCGGUCGGGGGCCAUCCGCCUGUAUUCGUCGUGGGAACUUCGUCCACUUGCGCACAUUCCGCCGCCGCAGCCCUCGCCCCAACCCCACCCACACAAUGAACAUCUUGACCGCGAUACGCUCAGCAUAUCCUUCAGCCAUGAUAACGAAAUCUUGUUCGCGAGCUACGCAGAUGGGGGCGUUGUAGCGUGGGAAAGCGUGGAUCACGCUGCAAAACCCUCGCCCGUACGUAUACUACCUGCGCAUGCCCUGCUCUAAACAAGAAAGCAGGGGAAAAUCUAUAUCGUUGUAUUAUAAUAAUGUUAAAAUUUGAAAAUGGAACUCGAAUAUUCUCCUAAUUUUAUAUUACUUUUUUUUUGUCACACAUUACGGACUUAAUUUUAGAAUUCAAAAUAUGUAUAAUAUUUAUUAGAAAAGCUUCUGAAAAAGCUAAAAAGGCAGGUGCUAUUUUCAUAUCAGAAAGAAGAAUAAAAAAAUUAGAUUAUAACUAUGAAAUGGAAUAUUUGAAAUUAUUAUUGUUACAGGGUUUUAAAGUUGAAAAUUCUUGCCUUUUAUGUUAAACAAUAAGCGUACAGUCUUCCUACAAAGUGGAGAUUCAAAAUCUUCACUACUUGCUAUAGUCGUUUAAGAUAAAUCUUGUAAAUGUGUAUAUAGAUAUUUUUUUAUUUAGUUAAGUGAUCAGAGGCAUAAUGUAUUUUUAAUAAUUGUAUAGGUCUUUAAUGAUUUUCAAAUAAAUAUAUGACACUAUUUUAUUACACUAUUGGCUAUUAAGGUAUAUUAAUUUUACAUUCCAUUAGAAAAAAUUAAAUGCUCAGUGAGAAUAUCCCCCAUGUUAUUAAAAAAUAUUUUAAUCUUUACUAGUAUCAAGACAUGAUUUUAUUAGUAAGUAAGAUAAACUAAACCAUAAUAUCGAAUUAUAUUGCUCUCAAUCUUAGAUUAAAAAAUAAAUAUAUUAUCAUUCAUAUUUAGAAGACUACAUGGAAUGUCUUUCUUAUAUAUAUAUAAAGAGUAUGCUAUUUAGAUAAUAUUA